AGAGCUGCCCAGAGAACUUGCAGUGCCUGGUCCGUCGGGGACUUGCCUAUUUCUUCUCCUCCUCCUAAGGGGGCUGACAUCCUGGAGAGGAAAGGAAAGGAACAAGGAGCCCUUGACAGGGUGCUAGAGGAAAACUAUUUGCUCCAUCUCCAGCCUGAGCAAAGCGAGCCAAGAGCGAAAGGGCCGAGGCAAAGCGCAAGAGUGAAUUGGGCAGGGAAAGGAGGAAGGGAGCUGUUCAGAGCCCCUGGUGCUGAAAGGUCCCGCCGCCCUGGGAGGAUGUUGGAAGACAACUGAAGGCACUUUUGCCCACUUCUGUUCCGAAUAAGCCCGAGGUUCUCAAGCCUGUCUCCUUCGCCACGGUUAAAGGGAUGGCCAAACUCUAUGUCAAACCCAAAGAGAUGGCUGACCUUAUAUCUUCUCAGGCAUGGAUGGAUGAAGCCCUGAGUUCCCAAGAUGAGAUGAAAGAAGAGGACAGCGGACAAGCCCCCUAUGGGAUCCUUGCCAGCCUUAAUGAAGCUGAACAUGACAGCAUUGAAGAAGAGGAAGAGGAAGAAGAUGGUGGGAAGCCCAAGAGAAGGGGUCCAAAGAAGAAGAAAAUGACCAAGGCAAGGCUGGAGCGCUUCAGAGCUCGCCGGGUGAAGGCUAACGCCAGGGAACGAACCCGUAUGCAUGGGCUCAAUGAUGCUUUGGAUAAUCUGAGACGCGUGAUGCCCUGCUACUCUAAGACACAGAAGUUGUCCAAAAUCGAGACACUGAGACUAGCCAGGAACUACAUUUGGGCUUUGUCAGAGGUGCUGGAAAGUGGGCAGACUCCAGAAGGCAAAGGGUUUGUGGAGAUGCUGUGCAAAGGUUUGUCCCAGCCAACCAGUAACCUGGUUGCUGGUUGUCUGCAGCUGGGACCCCAAACCCUUUUCUUGGAGAAACAUGAAGACAAAGUUUCUGUUUCUGACUCAGCGAUGCCCACCCACAGCUUUUCCUACCAGUCUCCAGGGUUGCCCAGUCCACCCUAUGGAAACAUGGAGACCCACCUUGUCCACCUAAAAGCUCCCACCUUCAAAAGUCUGGUGGAUCCUUCCUUUGGCAACCACCACCCAGACUGCUCAUCUCCAUCGUAUGAGGGUCCCUUGACACCUCCUCUGAGCAUCAGUGGGAAUUUUUCCCUCAAGCAAGAUGGGUCUCCAGACCUGGAAAAAUCAUACAGCUUCAUGGCCCACUACCCAUCUGUUACCCUGGGCAGUGCUCACGGGCACAGCGCUCAUUUCUCAACCACAGUGCCCAGGUAUGACAUCCCCAUAGAUAUGACAUACGACUCCUAUCCUCACCAUGUUGUGGGGGCACAGCUCAAUGCAAUAUUCAGUGAAUAAUCCAAGAAGGUGAAAUCUGCUUAUGGAUGAAAAGGCAUUGGGUGCUUCAUGGAGAUGCUGUGACAUCUGUAGCAUUAAUACAGUGAAAACAAUAACUUUUUCAGCUCCUUAUGAAGAUAAGUAUCAGACUGGUUUCAUGGGAAGCCCUUUGGGAAGAAGAAUAAAAAAGCCAAAAGCAGCAUGCUCUCAUCCAUGUGAGCCCACAUAUUAUUUUAGUGGUUCUAACUGAUAGGCUUUUAGACUGGUUCCCACUUUUAAAGAACAUCUCAAUAUUUCCUCCUUAGUGGCAUUUAGGAUAAAGGAGACAUCACUGUUAUAGAGCACUGUUGUAGAGACUCUGGAAGCACCCUUGUUAAAUGCAGUGCAAACAUACACUUUCCUCCUCAGGGUCUAACUAGCAAAUAAAAUAAAAUAAAAUAGACUUUGCAAAUUCAGAGUAACAAUUGGCAGUCCAUGGUGUCAAUUGGCUAAGUCCUGUGACAUCAUUCAGACAUCACCCAGUAUUCACAGUAGUUUUUUACUAUUUUAAAAAAUGUUCCUUUAAUAAUCUUAGGCAGUAGAUGCUGGAUGAGGGAGAAAAGCAAUCCCAGAUCUUCCUAGCUCCCCUUCCUGAGAACUCUGGUCAUUUGCUGUCUGGAAGGACAAACCAUCCCUGCUUGUUCUGCAGCCUCUAAUUUGACAUUUUGCUCUCAGGUGCAGUGGAGACAAUGGCUGCAUCCACACUGCAGAAAUAAUUCAGUUUGACAUUGCUUUAACUGUCCUGACUCAGUGCUAUGGA